UGGGUGCUAAUCGAGGUCUGGCUGUGUAGACAAGAGACAGACCAUCCUUGAACGGAAUAUGCGUAAAUUCCCAGCACAUUUUGGGGCGAGACGCAGCACAGCACGCGGCUAAAACAGCAUCACCGUCAAUAAAUAUAAACAGUCGCGGUCAAGACGGGGUUUCCUCGAUCCUUCACUCGUUUCGAAUUUGACAGAUCCUUUUGUUGGGUGGAGUCAACACAGAAAUCUCAAUCUUGGAAUCAUUGACAUAUUUCAGUAUAUCUGCUACAACAAUUGCAACGUGCAGCUACACACAGAGACCAACCUCAAGAAACAAGAGAGGGAACACCAGUCUUCAGCGUGUCAAAAAGAAAUGAGUGCCAUGAAGGACGGCAUCGCCAACAACAGCACAGCCAGCAUCUCCCAGGCCAGGAAAGCAGUGGAGCAGCUGAAGAUGGAGGCUUGCAUGGACAGGAUAAAGGUGUCGAAGGCGGCGGCAGACCUGAUGGCGUACUGUGAUGCACACAUACGCGAGGAUCCUCUCAUCAUCCCUGUGCCCGCCUCAGAGAACCCCUUUCGAGAGAAGAAGUUCUUCUGCACCAUCCUCUGAUGGACUAACGCCCCGCAGGCCCAGGCUCACCGCUGCCCGGCUUGUCUGUCACCUCCACACCUGAAGCUACUGGCCAUGGGCAUGGAGUUGAAGGUUGGCCUAGAGGACUUUGUUGUUGGUUCUGCUCUGUCCCAGGGGUCUGAAGGGCCAGCCGCUACACUGGCACCAAGUGAGCUUGUCAUGUUUUGUUUAAUAGGUUUGUUAUUGCUUCAUUAUUAGAGCCUUGCUCAGUGCUUAAUGAGAUGAAAGAUGUUUUAUAUCAUUUCUUUGGUUGUGCUAGAUUUCAAUGGCUCAGGAAACAAACAAGUCAUUUUUUUUGUGUGAAUUUAAAAUUAAAUAACGAUAGCCCUCGUCAUUUUCAUGCUAAAAUGUAUCUUCCAAUUCUAAUCAGAUUUUUUCUCAUCUUUAAAUAAAUUCCCUAUUCCAACGACAUCUUCCCAAAAAAUAUUUGAGAAGAUUAAAAACAUUUAAAAUUAUCCCAAUUUAAUUAAAUGGCUAAAAUCACAUGAAAUUGUUUCUGUUUGUAUUCAGGAAGACUGAAGAUGGAAGGCACUAGAAGCAUGAUAUGUGUGUUUCCUGUAACAUUUAAUAUUAGUUACAAUUGUUCUAGUUUAUUGAUCAUCAAUGUUACACUAGACAAACACCCUCAAACAGAACUCCAAUCCUGUUCCAAUAUAGCUGACCUUUCUCAGUUCAUAACAAUGUGGUUCCUCUUCCCCCAAUCAUACACCAGUGAACCAUGAGUUAACUAGAACUUGUAGAUAGCUACAUUUGUGGAUUUUUUAAAUCUAAACUUGUAUCUCUCUGUUCGACUUUCCGUUUUAAUUUUAUUUGACAUUUCCACAUCUUUCUUUGUUUCCUGGGCUUGUUUCCUUUGCCUGUACUGGACUGAAUGGCACGGCCUUUGAACAUGGAGCCAAUCAGAGGCCUGCAUGUUACUCCUUAACUCAGCCUCCUUGGAUUUUAAGGGGCCUGGUCUUGUAGACUGUACAGUAUGUUACCAGUGCCAAUAUCUGUGAGAGCUGUGUAUUCUCUACACUGUCACCCCACAGGCUUUCUAUCUUACGUUUGUUUGUUUGGAAAAAAGCACAAUGUCAAAUGUUUCCUUUACAUGGUAGUAAUUUUUACAGCAUUUUGAAUUGUUAAUUAUUAUUGUUAUUAUUGGUAGUUUAUGAAAUAUCUGUUGCACAGCACUGACAUCCUUGUGAAGUAGUGCUACCUUAGCUUGUAUGAUACUUAGGUGAAACAUUUAUAAUAUGUGCAAUUAUUAAUACGAUUUGAGUAUUUUUUAACAAAAACACUGAUAAGGGUCGGUUUACAUGUUAUGAUCCCUUCUAUGGUUCAGGUUCUUUUGCAUCAGCUUUUUUUGGUUCUGUACAACAACAACAAAUCACUGUUGGUAUUUGAAUAGGCAUUCUUAAUAAUGAUCAUACACCCUAGAACUUUAGCCGAAACUAUCAGAUAUCAAGAUUUUGCUCAAACUGUUUUGUUUGCAGAAUAGUCCUGUUUUUCUGUCUUGUUAACCUGACACUGCCUCAGGGUACUUUCACAAACCUCGGUGAAAAGGUGGUGCCAAAUCUCAAAGUGAAGUAUGGAUUUCAUGGCCUAACAUGAAUUUUGCAUGGAAUUAUUUCUGACUAUGUGUAACAGGGAUACUUGAGAAAUACAUUGAUGAAAAAUAUUGCCUCUAAUGUUAUUUCAUUAGUGCUUUUCUGUCAGAGAGGUCUGGAUGGACUGUAUCUGCUUUGUCUUUGACCAAGAAAAGCAGUAAAUUGCAGGUGUUUGUAAACGCCUGGAUUGACCCAAAAUCUAUUAAAGGAAAUAG